AUGAGUACGGUAAAAGCAAAUAACUACCUUGGUGUCCUAGACGCAGCUCGCUGCAAUGGCGAGUGGGAUGGCAUUCCAGAGCAUGCCCGAAAGGUUCAAAAACAUGCUCCCGGAAGAAAAUGCCUCGCUCUGACCGCCUCGACCGAAGCAAAACUUUAUCGCCUUCCUCACCUUGGAGUAGGGUCUACGGCUGACGCUAUUGCAAACUACCACGCAACCCUUACAGCUCUACAAGGUCCCCUACAGGCAGAGCUGGACUCCCAUUCAAAUGUUGCAAGCCUACCUAGUCCCUCCGGGGGUGCUCACAGCAUGGUAACAACCCCCGAUGAUAUACUGCAAGCACGAACAAUCCUUUCAUGGCUUUAUUCUCGGAAAGGGGAUUGGGAAACUGCUUUGAGGAUCAUACCUGGCGAGGAUGAGGUCGGUGAAAGUUGGGUUGGUGGGGGAAAGGGGGAUUACAUUGGAGUGAUUAGGAUAAAGGCACUCGUGCUGAAAGGGAUUGCACUGGCCCAUCAGAGUCCUGAUGAUCUUUCGUUACCACUACAAAACUACCGUGCAGCGACAAAACUUCCGGCAACAUACACGCCGGCACAACAGACAUCGGCUUCAUUUCUGUUGUGGACGGAGAAAGCACUUUCUCACCACGCUCUUACAGCUUACAGCUGCUGGCUUGAUAAUCACAUUCUUCCAGGGGAAUCGAGCGAAGGCGAAGAAACGCCAGAGAUGCAGGAAUACGUAGCUCAAGAAGUUGGGAUGGCUGAUGGUAGAACAACAAUCGAUGAAGCUUCUGUUGCAAGGGCAUUCAGGAGUUUUCAUCAGUUUGUCGCUGGUCUUUCAUCCGCUGCACAGGUACAAGUUGGACCUGUCGGUACUGUUCCGGCGGCUACAGAGAGUGGAUUAAAUACAGAAAAGGAAUUGGAGAGAAGGGAAGUCUACAGAAAUUACUUCAAGUUCAUCUCACUCCUCCUCUUACCCGAAGGUCACCCAGAUCGGCCAAUUCCUCGGAAGCUACCAUCGUUUAAACCCGAAGCAGGAAGAACUGUCUCUGUUGUGCCUACAAACAGCCCACCAACAGGAAUGAUGCACAAAGCGGGGACGGCCGAGGUAUUAAAAGCAGAACUUAAAGUUGUGGAGCAUGUUUAUGAAGAAUACUUGCUGCGUGGUCUUAACUUUCCCAGGGCUGAUGAGUAUCAUGAGGCUAUAGGCGAAUGGGUUGACCUUGUUGUACAGGACUGGAGGGUUGCUGGUGGCUCUGGAGAGGAGGCUCCGGCAGUAGUAGAGAUUUUAUAUAGGGCUGCCACGAAGACAUUCCAUUCACCGAGAAUAUUAAGGCAUCUCUUCACUGCUCUUACAGCAGUAGGGAAUUUCCCAGAUGCUGUGAGAUCUUUGGAUACUUACGUCGAUUUGGUCCAGAGAGCCAAAGACAGGAUCGCAAAGGGGCAUAUAGAAAAAGAUAUCGACGACGAUAAAACAAUUCUUGAAACAACAGUUGAGGGGAUCCGUGUUCUUUGUGGGCUCGUAGGUGAUGCUAGGAAGGGAAUGGCUUUGGCAGAAAGGAUCGAAAGGUGGAUUGACGAAUGGCGAGUAAGAGAUGAUGAUAUGCUCGCGUCUGUUUACAGAGGCAUCGGGACUGCAAAUGCGACCUGGGCACGACAUACUAUCGAUGGAGACAGUAGACCGGAUAUACAGAGGGCAGCGGUGAGAGCCUUCGAGAAGGCAUUAACACACGAUCAGUUUGAUAUUGAUGUGUGGUAUGGACUAGCCCUCGUCCAGCUAGAGGUAGGAGACAUCGAUUCGGCAAUGGAAAGUACUAAAAAGGGCUUGGUCAUCGUAAAAUACCUCACAGAGGAGGAGUUUGAUGAUGCCUGGGAUGGAAGAAGGGAUUAUAAACGUCGCACGGUGCCCCUAUUACAUCUAUUAUCACUCCUGAUGACUGUGACGGAGAAUUUUGAGGAAGCUAGACAGGCAUGUGCAAACGUUUUUGAAAUAUUGGGAGAAGAUAUGUCGGUGUUUAGAGGGAUGGGUAUUGGUGAAAAGGAGAGUGUUCUCGAAGUGAGAAUGACUCAAAUUGCCAUAGAGGAAGCUCUAGAUGGGGCUGGAGUUGCGGUGAAGAUGGCCGAUCAUCUACUGGAUAUAUAUGGACGCCUGUUUGAGGCAGCACAGCUGGACCAUAGCUCCCGGUCCUUGCAUGACAAUGGAGACUCCGGAAGCAUUCGCCCAAUAUCAGGUCAUCAAUCCUUGCGACAAUCUACUGGUCUCGGCCCCGGCCCUGAUGCUCCUCAAAUACAGGUUACAGAUGUUCACGGAGGCGCCUAUCAAAAUGAUAAUCUACUAAAGAAAACUGGACGCCCUAGUAGUGUUUCUAGCGGGACAAUUAGACGAAUGAAGUCAUUUUCGAGUAUGAGAUCAGGCAAAGGAGAUCAUGGGCGAAUGCCCAUUCCAGACGUUCCAACGCCGCCACUACCCAGCGGUACAAAUACUUCCUCGGCAAGUGUUGAGCGAAGCCCGGCUGGGAGCGUCAAAGAGAAUCAUCACCACAAUACCCACCUUUUUCAAAUGCUUAAGUUGAAGUUGCACAAACAUCAAUUACAGGAUAUGGGUACUGCUGGAUCUUCCUCUGAACCGUUGUCCCACAUCGGAUCCACUACAUCAUUCAUGACUAAUGAUAGUUCAAUCGCCCCAAUGGACAGUGCUGCAGAGGGUCACAUGGGAAGAGAAGCUCCACGAGCAGAAGACAUCCCGAACAACCUUUCACAAAGCAAGUUGCCGUACCCAAUACGCGCAUUGCGGAGCGGAAUAACAGAUGAGAUUGGAAAAGAUGCCAAGCCACGAAGCAUUAGGCGACCAAAGCAACUCCCAGAGCCAAAGCUCCAUGAAGAGGAUGAAAAAAGAAGGGCUUUAGCGGCUUUAAGGAAAGUCUGGAUUUUUAUUGGAGGUUUAGCUAGGAGAUCAAAAGAUUUCGGUGGUGCCACUUAUGCUCUUGACGAGGCCAGUGCUUUAAUCGGGCUAAAAGGAGAAGGUGAAGCAGAUGUUUUGACAGAGAGGGGAUUCCUGGCAAUGGAAGAGGAGAAAAAAGCUGUGGCUAUUGAGUAUUUUAAUGCUGCUAUAGCUCUUGAGGUCAACCACCCACUUGCCAUCGUGGGUCUUUGUCAAUUGCUGCUCCAAAUUCCUGCCACACCAACCCCGAUUCCUGUAGUAACUCCUGCAAAUAAUAUGGUUGAUGUAGCGGCCCGACCCUCCACCUCUUCUUCUUCAGUGGUAGCAGCAAAGUCGCCAAAUAACAGUGUGUCGGAGGAUGAAUUAAACCUCUCUUCUCUUGCUUCAAUUAAUCGUGCACUCGGCCUAUUGGAGCACCUUACAGCUACAAGUCACGGCUGGGAUAUACCAGAGGCGUGGUUUGCACUCGCUCGUGCCUACGAGCUUCUUGGUGAAAUGGGAAGAGCGAAGCGUUCGCUGUGGAGGUGCGUCGAAUUGGAGGAUGCAAGAGCUGUGAGGGCAUGGUGCAAUCUCAAGCCCAGAGUUCUUUAG